AUGCCGCAUAUGGAGAUACUCGACCCAGAUGUCGUGGUUUUCUCUGGUUGGUAUCUCUUUCCGACGCGCCAGUUGGCAGAAUGCUGGGACAGUCAUGCCUAUACGCUAGCGUUCAGCAAUAUCAUCGGUCCUCAGAGACAUAGCGCCCCAUCGGAGUUGGUCGACAUCAAUUUCCUGUCCGGCAUGGUGUCUGAAGCAGGGCAAGACUCUUCCAUCGUACUGGCCUGUCGUGCCAUUGGCCAUGCUUUCCUCACCCGCAACAUAGACACGCCUGAAACACGAUCCAAGCGAGCGGCGACAUAUGGACAGGCCUUGAAAGCGACGAAUAUGGCUCUCGAGCAUCCAGUACUACAGACGCAAGACGAGACGCUGGCGUCUGUGUGGCUGCUGAGUCUUUAUGAGCUCAUUGUAUCACCAGGUCAAGGCCGUCAACCUCUUGACAAGUCUCCACAGAGCCACGGCAUCGGUUCCUGGAUUGUCCAUACCCAAGGAAUGAUGAGUUUGCUGCGGUUGCGAGGCACUUCGCAUUUUAAUACGCCCCUGGCACGGGAUUUGUUCUGGCUGAUUUACUAUGCAAUCCAAGUCAGAUGCUUCAUCACCGACAUGGCCAGCCCUUCUGAGUCCUCGAGCUGGUUUCGGGAGCUGGAAAAGUGGCUGAAUGAAGACGAACUGCACACCUAUCGUCUCUGUGUAUAUGGCCAUCAUGCAUCCACUCUCUGUGCGACCAUCCAACAAACCAUCACUCAAUGGACAGCAAGUUCGCGCGGUGCAGCAAUGGCAGUAGUCGCGGAGGUCGAGGGCUUUGAGAGGGAAACGCAGCAUUUGUGGCAGGCCCCUUAUGACAGUCCGGGAUCUGAAACUGUUGCUGACUCUGGACUGAACAUUGGGCUACUAUGGUGGCGCACGUAUCUCCAUGCCUUUCGGUUGCAGCUCCAACUGACUCUGUUGGAGCUCUGGGACAAGAUGCGAACCGAGAAGCUCGGCGAAGACGCAAGGACCUUGCAGGAUGAAUUUCAGCGUAGGGUUAAGGUUGUCCAAGGUGCAGCAGAUGGAAUCCUCGCGUGUGUCCCCCUACUGCUUUCGACGGAUGGUCCUUCAGGCGCCUCUCCAAGACUAACAACAAGAUUUUGGAGGGACGGAGUCCGCCUCCUUUGGCCCUUGAGGCUCGUGGCACUGGGCGACGCGACCAGGGAUGACCAGAAGAGGGUAGCCUGGGCAACACUUCAACAGAUCAGACACGAGGUGGGAAUCAACCCGCCAGGAGCAUUUCCUCUGCCGUCUUAG